CGAUCGACUGCCAUGGUCGGAUGUGAUUCUCGGUGCGCGUCUUUAAUAUUUUUACUAUGAAAAUUACAACAAAAGUUAAUCAGGCAAACAAGAAAUAUAUAUUCUACAGAGCAGUAAUAUUGACUGGAAGUAUUCUAUAUAAAGCAGUGGAGCAAAGUUAUCAAUGAAGCUCCAUCGAAAUAAGUAGCAGAGCAGCUUUUCCAUUUAUAGCCGGAUGAUUGCAGAUUUUAUUUUUGCUGUCUGCCCGAACGAACAAUGGCAGUCAGCUUGGCUUAUCAAAGUUUUAAGUGCAGCCGAACGCGGGCAAUGCGCGGCGAGCACUGGGAUUUGCCGCCUCUCAAAACUCUCAAUUGCAGCCAUUGAAAAAACCAGACAGUGCAAAAAGGCCAGUAAUACCGCUUUUUAUUCUCCAUUUGCGAAGUUGAUGAUGCCACCAAUUUUCAUCAUAUGCCACUGACCCACAUACGAUUGCGACGUUUGUCACACACGCCACUCGCCCGCGGGCGCUAUAACCCCGUCCGCCCUCGCCACGCCGCCAGCUCCAUUGGCACUCGAGUGAGGCAGAGAACUUUUAUUUGGCCAUUAUUAAUUUUAUCCGCAUGCGUUUCCGCUCGCUCGACUGCGUAGUUUUUGUCAUCCGCUGGGGGUUUUUUUUUUUUUUGUUAAAGAGAAUCCUCAGCUUCCCUUUCAACGCCAUUUGAAUUAGUUGCGCCACAUAAAUUUUUCAUGCCCCAAAUUUAAGUUUCGGUCAGCUACGUAUUUUGUGUUAUGAUAUUUAUCCAAACUAUUGUAUAUUGAAAGUUUCCGGCAGUUUCAGUCUUUGCCAAUCAGAUAAAAAAUUUAAGUAAUAUUCUUUUUUGGUAUUCUUUAAUAUUUACACAAAGCUUAAGACAUUCUGAUAUAUUCUGAUGCUCUGAACUGAUAUAUAAUAUUUAUUAGGGUGUGUGCCUCUGAGCGGCAUAUUGGCUUUAUAAAAAGGCAUUUGAAUUCACAUUUGCCCGUAUCAAUGCGACAUUAUCAGUCGUCAUGGGCGUGGCGUGUGUCAAGUUAGCGCACAAUCGUAUUUCAUCGUCAUGUCAAACUGUAGGCAAUUCGUUAGCAUGGAAAGGCCUAUGAUAAGGCUAUCUAUCUGGCCAUGUGGUCGUGGCCCGUUUCUGAGACGUGCAGUAGGCAAACAACUGUCAAGCUGUCACCAUGAACACCCGGAGUCAUCCACUCAUCCACUACGGCUGGCUGCUCCUCCUGCUAUCGCCCCUCCCCCUGGUGGCCAGCUAUGGAGAUCACGGCCGUAGCCGCUUGACAGCCCAAGCGGAGCACAGCCUGGCUGCCAUCACGAAGCGUGCGAUGGAGCAUGCCACAGAGCUGGUGGACAGCGUGGUCGACGAUCUGCUCGUGCUCGACUCACAGAAUCCCAUCAUACUCAGCUACCUGAACAGCUUCGAGCUGUUCCUCCGGCACGAGAGAAACUACACAGCGGCAGCGCUGCAGUUGUUCUAUGAAAUCGUGGACGUCUACCUGGACGCAGAUGCCGCCGAGAAGACGUCCAGCAUUGAGGUGCAAUUGAUUUCCCUCUGUCUGCAGCGCACGGGCUUCGAUCGCUGGAAGCGCACGAUCCAAAUGCGCUCGACGCAGUUGCUCAAAUCCUUUGGCAAGAAGCUCAAACGAUAUAUGAACACCCUGGACGAGGAGGAGCGUCUGAUUGUGGAGCAGCGCUGGCAGCAGGUCUCCGCGCGGGGCGGACAGCGGAAACUUGAGAAAUUUCGAGAAUUCGUCAGCUGGCUGGGCAGGUAGCCUAAGCCAAGUUGAUACCACUUAAGCACCUUUACGAAUAGGAGAUAUUAUAAUUUAUUUCUAGGCAUAAGAUAUCAGGCACACAUUAGCUCUGCGUCAUCUUUAAUGUGUUCAUAAUGAAAUGCGAAAAACAAUAACCGUAAUCUACUUAAUGCGCAAUAAAUUAAGCUUGUAUACCCUGUAAAAAUGAAUUUUUAGUGUAUUGGUUUGAAAACUCUCUUAAUGG